GAUUGUUGACAUGAGGGAUUGACAAAUAAUUGAAAAAACGAGUGGAAAAGCGGGAUAAUGGCGAGUGAAGAGCACAAGAAGCUUUCGGCUUUUAUAAAAGAGACCCACAGUCGACUGCGACAGGAGUGUCAGCUCUACGGGCCCCAGGAGGCUUGGAGUCGACAUUUGUCGAGAACGAAGGACUUGAAGAAUUACGCAGAAUCCAUGAGAGAGCUGGCGACCUCCCACUGGGCCCAGAACAGUGAUCCACUCCCCAAAAACACCUCCACCCACUGCAGAAUCCAAUGGAUCAAACGACAGUGCUGCAGCUACUACUUCGAGGGAGGUAAAAGUAAAUACGACGACCGAGAAGUAUCAAUUUCAUCUAAAAUCGAGGGUCGACCGUCUUCAGUACCUCGCCUGCCUCCCCCGUCACCCCCAGGAGCUGAAGAUCCCCAUUCCAUCCCUCCCCAUUCGAAAAUAAAAAUACUAGACGUGGGGAGCUGCUACAAUCCCCUUGGGGAUGACGAGAGGUUCGACGUGACUCCCAUAGACCUGGCCCCCUCCUCCAACCAAGUCCUCAAGUGUGAUUUCCUGGCCGUGAGAGUUGGGGGGACAACAGAAAUAAAAGACCAUCGAGAAAUGAUCCAAUUAGGGAGUAGCAGUUACGAUGUCUGCGUGUUCUCUCUUCUCCUGGAGUACCUCCCGUCCCCGGAUCAACGAUUCCACUGUUGUGAGAAGGCUCACAGCAUCCUGAAACCUGGGGGACUGCUGAUCAUCGUCACUCCAGACUCUAAACACGUGGGGGCGAACGCGAGAAUAAUGAAAUCCUGGAGAUUUGUUUUGUCCCGUCUGGGGUUCAUGAGAGUUACGUAUGAGAAAUUGAAGCAUGUCCAUUGCAUUUGCUUUAGAAAAUGUUUUGAUGGGGGUGUGGCAGCCAGGUGGGCACAGAUGCAGGUCGUGGAGGGGGACGAUUUGUUGUUCAGGGCGAUCGAUAAAAUAUUCAUACCUCAGGAUUUUCAGGAGAUUAAACCAGAGGAUGGAGAGGGGGAGAGGAGGGAUUUUUGGAGUGACAGCGAGAGGUCUAGGGGGUUUGAGGAGCUACCGGAAUUUUUUGAUUGAGAUGAUAAUUAAUCAUCACGAAGAUUGAUCCGCAGAAAUGAUUAUUUUACACUUUCUUCAAAUAUUUGAAAAUAUUUGAAUUUUUAUUGGCAAAAAUGAACAUAGAAACGAUGAAAAAUUAGUUUUUUCUUCAUUUAGAAGGGUUUUUCAAGGUUUAACAAUGGCUUUCCCUAUAUUCUCUCCUUUCAGCAUUCCAGCGAACGCCUUGAACAUGUUCUCGAAUCCCUCAGUGACAGUCUCCCUGUACAGGAGCCGUUCCUUUUGGAUCCAUUCGAGGUUUGUCUUGAAAGCCUCGGAAAAACGGUCCGCCCACCGCCAGACGAGGAAGCCCUCGAUCUUCAGUUGUUUGGAAACCGCAGCAGGCUGGAUGAUCGUCGCCUUCGGGUACUCAGAGGCGUCAUUGUUGUACGCUGAAAUGCUUCCGCAGAUCGAGACGCGACCGAAGGCGUUCAUUUGGUAGAUAAUCGUGCUGGCGAUCUCUCCUCCCACCUGUUGGAGUCAGGAAAAGAAGGGAAUUUAGAUAUUCACCUGGGGGUGAAAUAUUUUAUGAAUGAAAUUAUAUUAUUUCGGCGUGUUAAUUUGAUUCGAUUUUUGAAAAUGUCGAUAACUCUCGGCGGGAAAUUUGUUCCCAAAUUUGGAAAAUUAGCGACAUU